AUGGAGGGGUUGUCGCUGCUGCUGCAGCAGCUGCAGCAGCAGCAGCAGCACCACUCACCUGCGCGAAUGCAGGAGCUGCUGCAGCGGAUAAAGAAGCACGCGGAGCAGCAGCAAACAGCAGAGCAAUGGCUGCGGCAGCUGCAGCAGCAACAGCAGCAACAGCAGCAGCAGCAGCAGCAGCAGCAACAGCAGCAGUCAUUGUCGCUGGAUCAGCAGGUCUUGCAUCAGAUUAUAGGGAGACAAACAGCACAAAUGCAUGUGCUGCAGCAGCUGCAGCAACUGCAGCAGCUGCAGCAGCUGCAGCAGCUGCAGCAGCAGGCACCAGCUGUACUGCAGCAGCUGCUGCAGCAGGGCGGUACCCCCCAGGAAGAACAGGAGCAGCUGCUCAGCAAAACGUUGCUGCUGCAGCAGCUGCAUCACCAGCGGCAGCAGCUGGCGAGCCAGCUGCAGCAGCAGCAGCAGCAGCAGCAGCAGCAGGUUGCGCAGCAGCUAUCCAGCAUCUUACAGGCAGAGAAGAAGGUGCAGCAGCAAAAGCUCUCCUUGGAGCGGCAGCAGCAGCUGCUGCAGCAAUCAUCAUCAGCAGCAGCAGCUGCUGCUGCUCCUUCUCCUCUCUCACCAACUAGUUAUAUGCGGCAGCAGCUGCUGCAGCUGCUGCAGCAGCAGCAGCGGGCAGUCGCAGCGGGGGGGCUGAACAGCAGCAGCAACAGCAGCAGCACCUUUUCAACAGCAGCAGAAGCAGAGGCAGCACUGCUGCUGCUGCUGUGA